UUUCCAUGCUGCCUGUGUGGAUUCUGGCCUCUACCGGUGCACUUGGCUCGUUGGCGGAGUUCCUGUUUCGUGACCGAUACUUGACGCUACUCUCUUCGGUGCUGCCAACCGUGGCCACCUACAACCUGCUCACGAUACUGGGCAUCGAAAACGACUUAGAAGGUGGUGCCUCGUGGGGCAAGACACUCAGGCACGUCUUCGGUGUGUUCCCCGUCAACGUGGUUGAAAUCUGGUGCGUCAACCUCGCUACGGCGGCCAUACUCAUCCUGCUCGGGGCGUACACGUCUAACGUCCUUCCAUGGAACAAAGUGAUUCCGCUGCACCCACUUUUUCUCUUCAAAGCUCUGCUACUUAUCGCUCCACGGACGGCCGGCGCGCACGAGGAAACAACAUGCUCCGCAACCGAUACCAGCUCCAACACUGAAAACUACGAAUACGAACGAUCACAGAUCCUGGACUUCACCGUACCACCACAUUCAACUUCGGCGCCACUAUCGACAGCUAUAGGAAGAUCAUCCUACCGGCUACCUGUCAGUGGGCGCGUCAGCUGGCGCCCGGCGGACGCUAUGAACCCGAUCCUGUUUUUCAUGCAGGUGGUUCUCAUCGACGAACCGACCUCAGGCCUGGACCGGUCCAACACCCGGCUCGUGUGGGAUAUGCCACUGCGCGUGCGCCCUACGAGCGCACUUCUCAUCUCUACACACGACAUGACCGAGGCGGACGUUCUUGCCGAUCGCGUCAUCGGCCUCACCAAGGGAACUGUAGUCUGCAACGCCUCGCCCACCUACCUGAAGAGCCUUCUUGGCGUUGGCUACAAGGUGAGACUCAAGAAGAGCGCCAAGGUGCCCUUUCAGGAGCAGCAUGCCCUGUCUAUACUGCGGAGUUAUAAUACGCGCCAUCGGCUGAAGUCCUGGACGACCACCCGAGUCAAGCCAUCGUCGAGUUGCAUACGGUUGUCUCCAAAGACUUCGACCUCAUGUUUCAUGAACUGGAAAGGGCCAGCUUUCAUCUAG